AUGGGUCGGCGCAACCGAAUCGUAGCGUCCUUGCUAACUUUAGCAUGCGCAACUUCUACUGCCCUCGCGAACAAGAAGGCCUUCAAUAUCCACGAUGAUCUGCUCGCGUUUCCUCAAUUUCAAGUCCUUUUCCCGGACGAAUAUGUUCUUGACUCUCACGCGAAAGAGUUACUAAAGACGCAAAGUAGCCCUCCAGUCUACGAUGACCAACAGGGAAACUCUCUACAAAAGUCGCAGAUCCCUUUAAAGCCUCGCACAGAUGAGUCUCCAGACACCAGCUCGCAACAGGAAGGGGGUCCGCAGCUCACAUACGAAGAGCUAACCCUCCAAGGCCAACGAUUCCUCUGUCAAAUCCCGCAAGUUGAGACCGACGAAAGGAGUCCGACGAAUGAGACCAAGGAAGCUAGCGAGACGGACGAGGAGCAGGAGCUGGCCCGGGCGACGGACCGCGGCUUGGAACUUCUGAGCGAGAUGGAAGGGAAAUGCAUGUACUAUGUGUCGGGCUGGUGGUCGUACUCGUUCUGCUACAAGAAGCAGAUCAAACAGUUCCAUGCAUUGCCUUCCGGCAGUGGGAUCCCUAGCUAUCCUCCCAUGGAGGAUCCGGCAACGCAUUCAUUUAUCCUGGGCCGUUUUCCCCGGGCAAGCGAUGAUGAGGAGGAUGGUGAAGCUGAGCGCAAAAAGACCGCAGAGACGACGACAACAGCAACAACAACGGAUGUGGCUGAGCUCCAGACGAAUGGGGGAUCAAGGUAUCUGGUGCAGCGCUUGGAGGGCGGGACUAAAUGCGAUUUGACGGGGAAGAACCGGAAGAUCGAGGUUCAGUUCCACUGCCAUCCGCAAUCGACGGAUCGCAUUGGUUGGAUCAAGGAGCUUACGACUUGCUCCUAUUUGAUGGUCAUUUAUACCCCGCGAUUGUGUAACGAUGUCGCGUUCCUGCCCCCACAGCAGGAAGAGGUUCAUUCGAUUGAGUGUCGCGAGGUUCUCUUGCCUGAUCAGGUUCCCGAUUGGGAGGCGAUGCGGCAGUAUCACCUGGCUCAGAGACUCGUCGAGUCGUCUACCACUACGUCGGAAUUUCCUAUCGUCGGCGACAUUGAGGUCGGCGCCAAGAAGUUGGUGGGCACUGAAGGCAAGGAGAUCGAGAAAGGACGUGUAGCUUCCGCCGGAGAAGAGAAGGUGGAAGUGGUGGCUAAACGCGAGAAUGGCGAGGUAUUGCAGUUGUCCAAAGUCGAUCUAGAAAAACUUGGGCUUGACCCAGAGAAGAUCGAAACCUUGAAGACCCGACUCGAGGAGCUUGCGCAGGGUAAGGAUUGGACGUUGGAACACGUCACGGCCAAUGGCGAGCGUGGAUUGAGAGGCAUCGUGGACACCGAUGAAGAUGAAGAGGAGGAAGAAAAGCAAGCCAAGACCGAGACAGAGUCGAAAGAACAUAACACACUGGAAGAGCCGCAGGAGAAGGCUCCCACCGAGAAGAAGGUCCCGGAGGCUAAGCCAAAGGGCGAGCCAAAGGAGGAACCGCCAACAGAAAACGUGGAAGAAGGUAGCGAGGAAAUCUUCAAAGAUGAACUGUAA